GGAAGGAUGACUCAUGUGCGCAUGCGGUCCAGUCGAACCCCUUAAAAAUUUCUCUUGGUUGGCUGCUGAGGAUAUACGUGUAUUUUAGCGCAGGCUAGAAACUAGAAAGAGAGAAAGAGAGAUGGUAUGACAGCUGCUGCUGUCUGUGGACUGUGGCGCGCUGCGCGGCCGAUGCAAAAAGGAGGGAAAACGGCAAACUUUGCUUGAAGUUGUAUAGUCACGUUGCGUUCGCGCGAGCCAAGGGUGUUUGUUUCCUGUGUCUCGAGUCUAAUUAUUCAACACCAACAACAACAACAACAACAAAAUGGUUACGGCAAGCGGCUGCUACACGCGCAUCACCGGCUCGCAAUUGUCCCGUUUCGUCGACGAUACCGUCAUCUUGAUAGGCGAGAUCAAGAACGUCGGUGCCAACGGCAAAGCGGUGGAGAUCGAGACCACCGACAAGAUGUCAGUCAACGUCAAUCUGCCCGAGCCCCUCACCGGCUACGAGGGCUAUCUCGAGGUCUACGGCAAGCCGGUGACAAAGUCCACCCUCACCGUGCACAAGUACAACUACUUUCCACCGGAAUUCAGCGCUAAUUUUGAAUCCGACAAGUACAACCAAUUUCUUUCGACUCUGCUAGUGCUGGGCGAUUCAAAAUGGAAAAUCGAUGACAACUAACAAAAACCGUACAACUUUUUUGUAAUAGUUUUAUCCUUGUCAUAAGGCUGAUGAAUAUAGUGUUGUACACUACUUUUAUGAAAAUAUAAGCUUUUGAAGCUGCAAGUUUCGUGAGAAACAAUCAUGCCUGGAUACAAUUUAAUAGUAUUUAUAUUUUAAUGUUAAGCAUUUAAUAGCACUAAGUAUUAUGUAUAAUAAUAGAAAACCUUUUUUUAAUAAAAAAAUAAAACUGUUGCAUCAAGAGGUAAAAUAAUCUAUUGUCACUGUUCUUGUUGUUUCAUCUUUUGAGAAUUGAUGAAUAAAAGAGUUAAUUAUUUUAUUCUUA